CAGGAGAAGAAGAAGGAGAAGCGAGAAGAAGAGGUGCAAUACUCUUUUUGGUUUCAUCAUCGUCGUCAUAAUUUUCAUUAUCACCACCAUAAGAAGGAAAAGGAGGGGAAUAAGAAGGAACGCGACCGAGGACGGCAUGGAGACGCUGGAUGAGGAGGUGGAGGAGUAUAGCUGGAGGGACGUGGUGCUGCCGGCGUUGAUCCCGGUGGUGCAGGAGCCGGUGGAGCUGGAGAGAGAGAGCAGGCAACGACGGCGCGGCCGGGACAUCCUGGUGGCGGUGGACCACGGCCCCAACAGCCAGCACGCCCUCCACUGGGCCCUCGCCCACCUCUGCCGCCUCGCCGACACCCUCCACUUCGUCCACGUCGUCCACAGUAGGCUCUUCUAUCCUUGUGUUCAGGACGAGGUGGUGUACGAGGUCAGUAAGCAGCGAAUGGACGAGCUGGCCGUCGAGGCCCUCCAGAUUGCCAUGGUGAGGUCGCAGGGUCGCAUCGUGGAAGGGGAGGCCGGGAAGAUGAUAUGUCGAGAGGCGGAGAGGUUAAAGCCGGCAGCCUUGGUGAUGGGAACCCGUGGGCGAGGCCGCAUUCAAAGUGUGUUGCAGGGCAGCGUCAGCGAGUACUGCUUCCGUCAUUGUAAAGCAGCACCGGUCAUCAUCGUUCCGGGGAAAGAAGCCGGCGAUCGGUCUGUCAUCUGAUGGAGCGCCGCAGGGAAUUAGGUUGCCUUGUACCUGCUUUCGUUGAUUAUUUGGGUAAUAUCAGAACCAGCAUCAGCCCGGUGGGUCGAUGAUGGCAAUU